GAGCGCAUCUAUGCCUGCACGGUGAAGACGACGACGAAGAGCGUCGUGUCCGCACCGAGGCCGUUUGUGGCCGGCCCGCAGACCCAGGAGCGCGUGCACACCUCCAUGGUGCAGACGCCAGCGAAGACCUUCGUGUCUGCACCCAGGCCGGCGGCAGCGGCUUGCAGCGGUUUGGUGGGGCCGAAUCUCGAAGUACCCCUGCAGAAGGGGGUCGAGAAGCUCUCAGCUGCGGAGGUGCACCAGCUGCUCAGGGCAGGGCUGUGCUGUCUCGUCGACGUGCGUGGCGAUGAUCGUGCCUCCGGGCACAUCCAGGGCGCCGUGCACGAGCCCACCAGUUUCCAGGCGCCUCUUUUGAACCGAGUGCCGCAGCUGGUGGGAAAAUUCUCGAAGGAGAAGCUCGUAAUUUUCCACUGCCAAUAUUCCCUGCACCGCGGCCCUCAGUGUGCAAACUGGUAUCGCGAGCAGGCGCCGUCCUCGCAGCGCGUGGCCAUUCUAGAAGGAGGCUUCCGCGGCUGGGAAAGCGAACGUUUACCUGUUGUGUACGAGAAGCCGAUGGAUGCUCUUGGGCAGGCGAAGGCCGACACGUAUGCGCUCUCGAUGGGCAGGCGAGUGGCAGGUGCUGGCGCGUGA